AUCCCUAUUGUUUCUGUUUGCAUGAGAAAAUGCAGGAAAAGUACAGAUAGAAUCGAAGGAUUUCGAUAUCGGUUUAAUUUUGAGAAGGCGCAGAGUCAACUCUAUCUCUACGAUUGCGCAGUGUUUAAUUAGCUUGCUUAGUUUUUUAUAGGUGGCGCUCAGGGCUAUUGAUUUUGAAAUUUGAUUCUUCGUUUGCUUUAUCUUUUUUCUUUUACUCUGAGAAAGUCGGUGCUGUGAAAAUAGAGAGAAGGCAUGACUUCGAGUAAUUAAGGUGGUCAUUUCUAAGCUGUGGGGAUGUGAAUGUGCCUCUCUUUGCAGUGUUUGUUCAUGAUCGUGAGUUGGAGUAAGUAAAUUAUAAUCAGUGAAAUCGAUAUAAGAUAAAUAAUGAGUAACCGUGGCAAAAAGAUCAAAUCUUAUGAAGAUGGAAAUGCCGCUGAAGAGUUUUUUCCAGUUCGGAGGAGACGUCGACCAACUGAUCGUCUUGAUAAUGAAAUUGUUCAACUAACAAAGCUUAGGUCAGAACCUCAUGGAUUUUUAGGCAACGCGGCACCUGGCAAGUUUAAGCUGCCUGUUUCAAGUGUUAAAAUGUUAUUUGGUCGGGAGAGUAACUCCUCUGGAAGAGGUAGGUUCUCCUCGGCAGAUAGUUGUCAUUUGUUGAGCCGAUAUUUGCCCAUCAACGGUCCUCAGAUGGUGGAUAGCAUGAAUGGUCGUGUAUAUGUUUCUCAAUUUUCAGCUGAUGGCUCUCUUUUUGUCGCAGGAUCUCAGGCACAACAAAUUAGAGUAUAUAACGUGGAAAGAGGGUGGAAAGUUCAGAAGUAUAUCCAUACAAAAAGCAUGAAAUGGGCAAUAACAGAUACAUCUUUGUCACCAGACAAACGUUUUCUUGUUUAUGCUAGUUUAUCCCCUGUUGUUCACAUUGUAGACAUUGGAUCUUCUACAGCGGAGCCAUUUGCAUACAUUACGGAAAAUCAUGAGGGACUUAAUUUUGCUGGUGAAGAUGGUGGUCAAUUUGGGAUCUUUUCUGUAAAAUUUUCUAUUGAUGGAAGAGAACUCGUAGCUGCAUCGAAUGAUAACUCGAUAUAUAUUUAUGAUAUUGAAUCGAAAGUGUGCACCCUGAGUAUCCCAGCUCAUCAGUCUGAUGUUAACACAGUAUGUUUCGUGGAUGAAACUGGCAAUCUCCUUUAUUCUGGGGGUGAUGAUCGCCUUUGUAAGGUGUGGGAUAGGCGAUGUUCUGUCACGAGAGGACGAGCAGCUGGGGUGUUGAUGGGACACCUAGAAGGCGUUACAUUCAUUGACGGUCAUGCAGAUGGCUGCUAUUUUAUCUCAAAUGGGAAAGAUCAGACUACUAAACUCUGGGACAUAAGAAAGAUGUCUUCUAAUGUCACAUUGUAUGUCAAUAUCACUUUGUUCCUUCUCUCCCUUUGUUAGUUACCUUUUUUUUUUUCAAAUCUUUAUGUUUGCCC